ACCCGGAUGUUUCUUCUUGACAGCCAAAUUACAACAUGGCGGCAUCCGUAGUGAAAAGUGUGUGUUCCUUACGAGUGUCUAGUCUGCCUUUUUCGAUGGAUAUGUGCCGUCGUUUGGUAAACGUGUUUAAUAGUGACAAAUUACGAGCGAAACGUUCUAUAGCAAAUAGUCAUUUGCACAUGCAUAAAUACCCACAUUCAACAGAGGAUGGUCGGCUUUCGCACGUCCCAAUCGAUAAACUAAAGAUAACGUAUAGUCGGAGCAGCGGACCAGGGGGUCAACAUGUCAACAAGGUCAGUACAAAAGCAGAGGUCCGUUUCCACGUCCAAACAGCGCAUUGGAUUCCUGAAGAAGUAAGAAAAGGGAUUAUUUUGAAGAAUACAACUCGUGUCAACAAAGCGGGGGAGUUAUUUGUGACCUCCGAGAUUAGCAGAAGCCAACAGAGAAAUUUAGAAGACUGUUUACUGAAGAUCUCAGAAAUCAUUACUGAAGCUAGUAGGCGACCACCUGAGCCAUCAGAGGAGGAUGUAGUCCUGAGGGCUCAUAGGUCAGAAUGCAUAAAGGAAAAUGUUGUCCUUAUUAAAUAUUUAAGAUGUAAUGUGGCGUCAAUUUUCUCUAAUACAUAUGUUUUUUCCAGGUUAGAGAAAAGAAAUUUGAUGAGACUCAAACAGAAGAAGAUAAAUUCUUCAACAAAGCAAGCAAGACGGGUUGAAUUAGAAUAAAAACAAAAAACUUGCAGUUUGUAUGAUAUUUUUUUGUUUACCAUUCAUUAUACAGUAUUAUUAUAUACA